AUGCCGUCCUGGUCUGGACGUAAUCCACCGAUCCCUCCGAUCUCGAGCCCUGGCUUCGCUGCCCUUACCUCAGACCCUCCCUCGGUCCCUGCCUCGGAUCACUCUCGAAGACGCCCGUCACAAACUCACGAUGCUCCAAAUAUGGCUCCGCUGAGUACGAGCUUGCCCACGGGCCCGCAGCGACGCGGACACCACCGCUCGAUCAGUCACCCGUUCACCUCUCCAUUCACCGGAAUAGGGAAGAAGCGUGAGAAGGCAGGACCUAAGUACAAUGCGUGGGACUCUGAUUCUGAUUCCGACGACGUCACAUAUGCUGCGCAGCCUACCUCAUCGAGCCCUCGGAAAGAACCAAAAGGUGGACACGGCAAUGAAAUGACAGAGGGGAAAUGCCAGACGUGUAACUCGACCGUGCGAUGGCCACAGAACUCGAAAGUGUUUCGCUGCACCUCUUGCUUGAUGGUCACCGAUCUUGAAGUCGAGCCACCCAAAGAAGUAAAGAGUCCAGAAGGCCCUGAACAUGAAGAUCGAGCAAAAGGGGCUCGGAUUCGGGACCCCGCUGAGCAGGACUCAUCAGUAAUCUCGCCCCAUGAAACAAAGCCAGAUAUUGUUUUGACGGCCAACAAUGUUAGACGCAUGAUUGAUGGAUGUCUCUCCAUAUAUUUCGAUAGACUCCUGGAAGAGUCGAAAUCGCAGCUUUCGCCGGACGAAAGACACGCCGGUCGAUGCCGUGGCCCAAAGAUGGAAAGUCUUUUAUCCCCUCCUGCACACAGUCCUGGCUCGAGCCACCUCUCAGUUCCACGGCCCCCUCACCAUCGCAGCGUGUCUGCAUCAAGUGAGCGGGAACGCCCCAUUUCCACGAAGGGCAGUCCUGCUUGCUCGAAACCGCAGACAGCUCAAUGGGAGGCUAAAGAUACACCUGUCCGAACUCGUGCCAAUUCGGAUUUACAGUCGGAUCCAAAGACAGACCACCAUCCUCGGGAACCCGCACGGCCUACGGACUUGGAAAAUAAGAAUGGCGAGCACCAGGCGUCGAUCUUCAAGCGACUGGAAAAUUACAUCAUCGCUGCUUUCAAAGGCACCAGUGUUCUCAAUGCAUCUUUCUCUACCUACCAGCCAUCGAUUCGGUCUACUAGCAGUGGUAACCCUCCCAGGAUGAACAUGGAUCCGGCUUCAAUGCCAGAGCAAGGAAAUGACUUGCAUGUGUUUGAGCCUGAUGCGAAAACGCUACUUCUAGGAGACUUGGCUGAGAACUCGUCUUGGUGGAUGACCGAGUGGGCCCAGAGGGAGGGACAGGUUCCUGCUUCUGGCAAGGACAAGUCCUCACACCGGUCUCGCUUGGUAUCAUCCAGAAGCCCUCGAAUCAACUGGGCCGAAGUUGCUCAAUGGUACCAGCUGGUUCUGACUGCAGGUAGCUCUUGGUCUCAGAAAUGGGCUGCCAAGAAGCCUAACCCUGAACGCUCGGAGACCGACUUGAUUCGCAGCCGCAGAUGGGAAUCAAUCGAUUUAUCGCUGUUGGAAAAAGAGAUAUACGAGUCCCGUGUACAUCUUCAGCGCACGUUGAUGAAAGCCGUUGAAAAUCUUUUGAAGCGUCCAAGACGUGUUCUGAAGAAGCCAGAAGACACCAGAUUCCUGUUCAUAUUAUUGGCGAACCCUCUUUUGACAUCACCUACUGCUUUUACUCAAGCCUUGCCAGCACAAGCACCUCACCGUGAUGAGCGGCGUCCAUCCAACCCGAAAGACAGCCCACGGUCAACAGCCAAGGAUGGCAAGACUCCUAGGAAAGAUCCUUCCCCUCCGCUCCCUCGUUACAGCAGCUCAAACCAUCACCACGGGAUUACCAAGCGUAUCCUGGGCCUGAUGUCUAAUUUACCCAAUGAAAGCCAUCAUUACUUCGUGUCCUGGUUUUCUCGGUUCUCGCACGGUCAAUUUGAACGACUGGUGAACCUGGUGGGUGGGUUUAUUACCUAUCGGUUGACUCGCCAGCACGGCCGCAAACGCAGCCAGCCGACCAAAGAUGGGGAUGACUUGAUUCCCAGUUUUGCCAGUGCCUCGGGUAACACCCCUGCUGAGUUACAUGCGGCUAUCAAUCGACGAGGGCAAAAGCAACCUCCCAAGAAAAAGGAAGAGCCCAUGGUGUACACGGAAGACUGGCAGAUUCGAGGAGCGGCAAGAGUGAUGUCUCUGCUCUUUGCGGCAAACAACACUCACGCCUCACGCAAGCCGGAAGAUGCUGCGGUCGAACCGCGAGGGCUGCGCCAUGCUGACUCCGCUGUGACCCAAUCAGCACGGCACCAGGGGUACAUGGUCCCUAUCAGUUCAUUCUACAACACCUUGCUGGACUAUUCGGAUCUACUAGCUGACUUCGAGACGUGGGAGUCGCGAGGCACGAAGUUUUCGUUUUGCCAGUAUCCAUUCCUGCUCAGCAUUUGGGCAAAGAUUCAUAUUCUCGAGCAUGAUGCUCGUCGUCAGAUGGAGGUCAAAGCCCGCGAGGCGUUCUUUAGCAGCAUUUUGAACCAUCGUGCCGUCAGUCAGUAUCUCGUGCUGAAAGUGCGGCGUGAAUGCUUGGUUGAAGAUAGUCUUCGAAGCGUGAGCGAGGUCGUCGGUACUGGGCAAGAAGAGAUCAAGAAGGGCCUUCGCAUCGAGUUCAUCGGAGAAGAGGGGAUUGAUGCCGGUGGAUUGCGUAAGGAGUGGUUCCUCUUGCUCGUCCGAGAGGUCUUCGAUCCGCAUCAUGGGCUCUUUAUCUAUGACGAUGACUCGCAGUACUGCUACUUCAACCCCCAUUGCUUCGAGUCAUCCGAGCAGUUCUUCCUGGUUGGAGUAUUGCUUGGCCUUGCCAUCUACAACUCCACUAUUCUCGACAUUGAUCUGCCACCUUUUGCUUUCAAGAAGCUGCUGGCGGCAGCACCGCAGACCACCGGACCACAGUCGACCAACUCUUGCCGUCCAAGGUUCAAGUGCACUCUCGAGGAUCUCGCGGAGUAUCGCCCGGCUCUCGCUAAAGGGCUUCGAAUGCUACUUGAUUACGACGGCGAUGUUGCCGAAACCUUUUGCUAUGACUUUGUUGCCCAAGUCGACCGCUACGGAGAAGUUGUGAACGUUCCGCUUUGCGCCGAUGGUGAGAAGCGUCCGGUGACCAAUUCAAAUCGACGCGAAUUUGUGGACCUGUAUGUUCACUAUUUCCUCGAAUCAUCCGUUACUCGACAGUUUGAACCGUUCAAACGGGGCUUCUUUACGGUCUGUGGAGGCAAUGCGCUGUCACUAUUCCGACCCGAGGAAAUUGAACUACUCAUUCGCGGCUCGGAUGAAGCAUUAGACGUGACAUCUUUGCGUGCCGUAGCUACCUACGAUAAUUGGUCUUCUCCUCGGCCCGAAUCACUCCCCGUGGUACAAUGGUUUUGGGAUUUCUUUGAAACGUCUCCGCCUCAGGCCCAGCGGAAAAUUCUUUCAUUCAUCACCGGCAGUGAUCGGAUCCCCGCAAUGGGAGCCACAAGCCUUUCGAUACGGCUGGCCUGUCUCGGAGAUGAUUGCACGCGAUACCCGAUCGCGCGAACAUGUUUCAACACACUGGGCCUGUACCGUUAUGGCUCGCAAGUAAAGUUCCAACAGCUGUUAUGGGAUGCAGUUGUGAAUAGUGAAGGCUUUGGCCUGAAAUGA